AUGAUGACUUAUUUCUAAUUUUUAAAUAAAGAAUUCAUGAAUUUCUUUAAUCAAAAAAAAUAAUACAAGCCUUAGUUGUUAAUAAAUUUGAUUAAUGGAAAUAAACUAAAUAACUAGCCAUAGAAAUUUUAUCACAAUUAGAAGUACCUAAAGAUAAAGCAAUUUAAAUAAUCUAAAUCAUUAAUGAGAUUGAAAAAUAACCAUUAUCUGCUUAAUCUAAUUCUAAGUCUUUGA